UAUUGUUUAUAUUUUGAGAAAAAAUUUUCCGUACGUUAUUAUAAAUUUAAAAAAAAAAUGAUCUCUAAAAAUUUACCAGGAUCGAGGCGAACAUCGAGGAGAUGGAAGCGAGCAUUUCCCAAGUGAAGAGGAAGCACAACAGAAUCUUAUCUUCGCCCUUUCAUGACGAAGAAGAUUUCCAUGAAUUAGACAGACUUAUGGCGAGGAUUCAAAGCUACUCCACCAACACGUGGUCACUUUUGAAAGCUGCUAAACAAAGCAGGCAAAAAGACACUGUAAAAAGGAGCAGCAUUCGCAUGGAAAAUGUACAGAUCAGCAGCUUGAGCCAGAAAUUCCUCGAUGCUCUAGCGGAUUAUUCAGCUGCACAAGCAUCCUAUCGGGAAAGAAAAAAGAAGCUUUUAAAGAAACAACUAGAAAUUACUGGACAAGAGGUCGAUGAAGAGCAACUGGAAAAAAUGCUGGACGAGAACAGAGCUGUUUUCACUCAAGAUUAUAUUGUAGAAGUUGAAAGAGCCCGAGAAGACCUCACGGAUGUGAAGCAAAGGUACGGAGAAGUGCUGAAGAUUGAAAACAGUCUACGGGAACUGGACGACAUGUUACUUAGCCUCUCUAUAUUAAUUAACAGUCAGGGAGAAAUCAUAGAUUCCAUAGAACAGCAUGUGCUUGAAGCAUCAGAAGACGUUAGGGAUGGAAACAAGGAGAUGGCUAGCGCCGCAAAAAAGAAAAGAAAAAUACGAAAGAAAACAAUUGCCAUCAUCAUCCUAUUGAUAAUUCUGAUCGGCAUAUUAAUAACAAUAGCUAUUAUAUUCAGUACAUGAAAUGUAGAAAUACCUGUAAA